UGUCUGUUGCGUGUCCCGUUCGACGAUGUAAAUUUAGUUUUCCUCUUCAAUCGCUCAACAUCAUUCUCGUGCUCCUUCGCUUCGUAUCUUCUCGUUCGAUAGUUUUCCAGCUUGGCAAUAGGAGCACGACAGAGCAGAAGUCUGCCGAAACCAUCUAGCCGAACUACCAUCAGUUUCCACUGGAGAAAAGAAAAAGCAAAAGCCACCACACAGUCCUUCGAGUGUGGUUGUAUAUGAAGUUUGUUCCGCGAUCCGUGUGGUUUACUUCUUCAUCUUGCAAGCACUGCAGGCGGCUAGCAGCACUUGCAUUUCUUCAGCACCAGCAUGGGGGCAGCAUCGAGCAUAAAGCUGCUGCACAUCGUCGCAUAACUUUCACCCCGAAUGCAUGGUUGUUGGUCAUCGGCGGCCGGGACGUGCGUGCGUAAAAGUGAUGCGUGUUUGGGGGCGUAAAAUUGGCUCGAUUGCGUCGUGGAAAAUUCAGCACGCACCCUCCUGCGGACGGCACCCUCUCGUGCGGCCGAGUUGUUCUGAGGCAGAUCACUAGAACGGGAAAAGCCUGCUGGAAAAACACACCCCUCCCGUCCACACACACCGAAGAAGGUGGAAUCAUCCAUCUGGCGAAACUCUUCUAGCGCACCGUGGCUCCACAGGGUGCUACGAUUUGUUGUGUUUCCGUUUCACUCCAACCUUCAUCCCGAAGGAGCAAGCAAUCGGAAAAUCACAUCAGCAUCGGCGGAAAGCUGUUCACGAAUUUCCUCCCGAACCCUUCGGUGGUGAUGGUGUUGGUGGCGCAGUGACGACUGUGUGUGGUGGUUUGUUGUUUUUCCGGUCAAACGGUGACCGCGAGCGGCGACGACGACGACUACGACUUCGACGGCGAAGACCGAGGGGAGUGUGCGCCGUUUAUGUUGCCCACAGAGAAGUAGGUGCGUGUAAACAAUGCUCCAAAAAUAGUAGCCACACGUAAUACUUUAAUGCUACGAUAGCAUCGACGGAGCGCAGUAGGCGAAUAUAUCGGAAAAAAAGAAAACACGCAUGACGUGUGCAUCCCGUUUUCCUCGACUAACAUUGGUUUCAUCCGCCGCAUCGGGAGACAAGCAGCAAAGAAGCAAACACGAAACACAUCAUCUGGCUUUGAGCGACGGUGCAGUGUUCUGGAAGACACUUGCAUCGCUUGCGAAAGAACAACGGACGGUUUGUAGACGAUAUUGCUCGGCCCCGCACACCAACCCCACCUGCCCGCCCAACGCCCUUCGCUCGCGCUCGCGUGCAUAACCAGUCUGGGACGUCCGAAGUAGUUGUGUUGGUACGGUGGUGGUGGUACUGCAACUGUCAAUGAAAAAUGCAGUUUUAUUGCAUUACCGUCGCCGACGUCACCGCCGUCUCUGCCAGCGCCGUCGCCCGUGAUUAGAUGCGGCACGCUUGCGGGAGGGGCUUGGACGGGGUUGGCGAAGAAAGUAAGAAGCGACAGACGCCAGCAGACACCAACACCCAGCAGAAGCAGCGAAGCUGCAGCAGCAGAAAGACAGCUCAUUCGCUCGUCUCGCGCCGCGACCGGAAAUCGGAUCGGAGGAGAAGUACCGUAAGCAGCGUCCACUUACACGCCCCAGCGUGUAACCCAACGUUGCAUCGAUACAAAGAACCGAGAGUGCAGAGUGCACGGGACGCACGUGGUAUUUCUGUAUCUUGUGUCUAGUCUAUGUGUGUGUGUUGAUGCAGAUGCAGGGUGUCUGGUUCGCGGUUAGUUAGCGAACGUCUGCAGAUUCCCUCCCGGUUUCGCGCAGUGCAAUUCUUUCCCUUCCGUUGGUGGACUCUUUGUUGGAAACCCUGUGACCAGUUUCCUGCACCAGGAUCGACAAAAGCAGGUCGAGCAGGAACGUUGCAGCAAACCUAACCAAGAGCGGAUAUCCAAGGACUUUUUGCUGGUGAAGAACCUAGGGGGGGUGUUGGUGUAGUGAAACAAUAAAAGGGCUCCCCAAAGUGCGCUUUAUGUAGUCUUGAGUGGUGGAGAAACGCAUCCACGAAUAGGGAAAAUAUUUUGGCCAUCAUUCGAAACCCAACAGCAAUCGCAACUUUAUCGAUAAAGCAUCGCGAUUUGCGAGUCGAAACUGGUUACGAAAUAAAUCGUGCGUCUUGUUUUUUGUUUGGCCCGGUAAAGUGCCAAACAUCACACGGUGGACGUGAGGUGUAUGGUUGAGGCCAGUGUGCCUAGGUUAGUGUGCUCUGGAAGCAGAAUCGAUCCCGCAGUCAUGAACGCCUCACCGGAGCUCGGCCUUACGAUCCGACAGAGCUCGCCCAAGCACGACUACCAUCACCAGAACGGCCCGCUGAAUGCCACGAUGGAGUACCAGCACUACGGUGGAGGGAACGUAGGACAGCAACAACAACAACAGCAGCAACAGCAACAGCAACAACAGCAGCAACAGCAGGACCUGACCAUCGAUGGUAUUCCGAACAACUUCCCACAUCGGCGGUCGCGGGCCUCGAGAACGUUCAAGAAUCCGCCGCAGCCGCACAUGUGCAUCAAGGAGAAGACGCUCGACGGCAAGGAGGUGUUCAUCAACGUGCUCAGCUGGACGCGGAUCGCCAACCCGGACAAUCCGGACGCCCCGAUACCCCUGUACGGCGGGAUGAAGGUUGGAAAGAUGCCGCCGGGAAGUCCGAAAGUGCCACCCCUAGUCUACGCCGUGAUGGCCAGCCCGGAGGUGCUGAAGAAGGCGGGCCGUAAAUGCCCCGACACACCGGAACGAAUGAAUCUGGUAGAUUUGAUGUGUGAGUUUGUGGAGGCCAUGAAUCCUUCGUUGCAUCUAUCGAAGAAACCCGAAAUACUCAAAGAUCGCGAUCUGUCUGGCGAGCUGAAGGACGUGUGGAGUGCGGUGCAGGCGUGCCGUGAUAAGGGCCGCUCCGAUAACGGACCGCCGGAGAAUCUAGUCGUGUACACCGAGUUCGGCCCGGACAGUGCACCCAGCUACGAGCAAACUAUUCACCAGCAACAGCAGCAGCAGCAGCUGGAGCAGCAUUAUCAGCAGCAUCAACAGCAGCAUCAACAGCAGCAGCAGCAGCUCGCAGAGCAGCAAUGCCUAGCAAACUAUCAGUCAAUGUUUCCCCAAGCAUAUUCACAAGAAGUACAAAGUGCAAUUAGUAGCCAGGUGCCCGAGGCACGGGACGUCAUCGAGCAGCGCUCGGCAGUAGCAGCAGCAACCGGCUCUGCCGAACCGGACGGUUCCACCAAUGGCAUCAACACAACAACCAGCAGACCUCCCGCAGCAGCCACCGGCACCGGCAACGGCGACGAAGAGUUGGCGAAGCAAAUCGAAAGUCUGAAACUGUCCUCUAGUGCCCAUCGGACCAACGGAGGACUGCCAGCGGAUGGUGCGAGCGGCUCGCAACAUUCAGCAAUCGCAACUUCAUUAUCAUCAACAACAGCAACAACAACCAUGACCUCGUCUUCUUCUUCCUCAACCGUGCCACAAACGCAAACAUCGCCUACUGCGACGAACGCGGCUCCAGUGAAAGAACCGACGACGAAAAACUCGACGGGGCACACCUUUUUUCCGAUGUUUCGCUCGUCGAAGAGCAGCAAUAGCAGUAACGGUAGCAGCGUCAGUACUAGUGGUAGUAAUAAUGCUAACGGCACUGGUGGUGGUGCCACAAACGCACAACACAAUGCAUCCACGGCUCCAACGGACGCGAAGGGAGUGACGGUAAAUGGCGGCACAGACACACCCGAUGGUGAUGGUGGAGGUGGAGGCGCCGCAUCCCCCAAGACCACGAAACCGGCCGGCAAAAAGAGUGGCCUGUACUUCUUCCGGCGGAACAAAUCCUCUACGUCGUCGUCGUCGUCAUCGUCGUCGGCCGACAGUAAGAAGGAACCACCUUCCACGCCAACCAAGCAGCAACCUCCGGCAGCGAGUGUCACUCUACCGGCGGCCCUAACGUCUGCGGCCUCAGCUCCAGCUACGCCUGCCGCAACCGGAGCCGCCUGUAUCGGGUCGUCCGACUCGAAGCUUAUCUAUCAGUAUCAUCUCGACGCGGGAACCAAUGGUAACGGUGGUGGGGGUGUCGUCGGUGGCGGUGGUAACGGCACUGGAGGUGCGGGAGGUGGUGGCGCGGGGGAUAUCAUCGAAACCGCCAACUCGGCCACCACCAUAGUAGCGAAGUAGGUCGAAGACAAGUCGCCUCAGUAAUCGUCUCAAUCAGCCAGCCUUGUUUUGAGGUCGGUAGAUUAAGGGGUCGAAGGAUUGCACUAUACUUGGCAUGUGAUAUUUUCGGCUGGGCAGGACCCCACUUCACCUCCACCCGCGCACCGCAACCGCUGCCUCCGCGGUGGCCUGUGGAUGGAUCGUUGAACGAUGGUUGAGCGUUUUAGUAUUAUAUCUAUACAUACAGUGUAGGGAAAUUGGGGAGAAAAUGUAAGGAGGAGAGGAAAAUGCGCGAAGCAAAGUCUCCCAGUCAGUUGGAAGGUUUCUCCAGUGGCUCUUUAACAGUGUUUUACGGGCCAGUCUAACGACAUUUUCCGAACAGUUUCCAACACAAUUGAUCCGAUUUCAAUAAGAAUGGUGUUGAAAGCUGUGCAAUGUUCGUUCAAGUGGUUUGUAAACUCACUGCACGAAUACUGUGUGUUGUGUGUGCGUGUGUGUGUGUGUGUACGUGCGUGUGACACGUGUUUGUUCACGUGUAAUUGAUUUGUAUGUGUGAUGUAAAUAACAUUGUUUCGAAGAGGACAAGCACAGAAACAGGAGAAGGUCGAAGGUGCAGAAACAGAAACAUGAUGCUCUCUGUCAAUCUCUCUCUCUUGCUCUGUAAAGUCCAUGACGGACGGAACGUACGUAGGAAAAGCAAGCACACCUCGAGCUGCAAGAGUUCUCAUUACUUCCCAUUAGUACCAUUUUCUGAUCGCACAUUGCGUUAGGUAGGUAGCGCCUAUUCGCUACGGAUUUGAUGGCCGCAUGUUUGAGUCGUUAUGUCAUACGACAUAGCGCCACGGAGUAAGCAGUAUCAUAUUUGCUCAAAUCGUAAGGAGCGUACUAGUGAAAUAGUGGUAACCAAUUAGUAUUACUUUCUACCGCGUCCUUCUCUCGCGACACCCAUGCACGGAUACGAGACGCGGUGGUGCUAUAAAGGGAGGCCCAUCCCAUGUCCCCCGUUCCAUGCUACUGCCAUUCGUUGUGGCUAGUGAAACUAGCACAACUAAACUCACUCACUCGAUUUGGAUGCGCGUAUAGAUACGAUUUUAGAGGCUCCCGGAGGUAGGAGGUCGGUGUCAAUGCUGUGCGAAACAUGGUUUGUUUGAUUUUUCUUCCCUCACAGUACAGUGAUUUUGCUGUAAGGAAGGUGAAAUCGUCAAAGAGGUGAUUAAAGGCCUUUUUUGUGUGGCUCUUUAGGAGGCGUACGUAGCACAAUGUGCAGCAAGGGAUGUAGGGGAUAAGCCAAGCACCGCACCUUGUUAGCCUUUUUAAAAGAAAACUACCCUCACGGCAAACGAUCAAUUCAGGGCACAUUUAGACGCUUUUUUCCCGCGCAAGGUAUGCGGGAUUUACACAGCACGUGCUGCACCUGUGCUCUGCUAAUAUCGAAACCCUAUACGCUUGGGAGAUAAUUUAGACGACAAAUAAUCGAUUACGAUAAAGAAGCUACAGGCGGUCAAUUUGCGACAGAACAUUUCCAUUUUGAGCAAUAGCGAAUAGAGAGGCGUGGGUCGAAGGAAGCAUAAUUUAUGGUACUAGUAUGUAAGGUGCGAGGAUCGGUGGUCGACCCCCCUGAUCGAUCUUGUUCGAGCGGGUCCAGGAGUGUGUAAAGCUAAUUAAGUAGUGUUAUCGAUCGAUGAUUGUUCUCGUUCUCAGCCCGAAAGGUAAAAGGUGAAGGAAGCAGGCUAUUUAGAGAUACUCAUUUUCUACUAAUCUAUCCGGUUCGGUUUCCGUUUCCGUUCAGGUUCGUCUCUCUUGCUCUUUAGUGAGUGGGUAAAGGGUUCGUUUUCGGGGUGUACGAAUGAUUAGCGCAGUUUAGGCUCGGCGAAACACUCGGAAAAACUCUUAACCCCCCGCACCGGGGGUUCUAUGCAAAUGCUCUGCCAUUCGCGUUAAGUGACAAUUAGAAUGACAUAUUUCAUAAUUAUUUCCUCCUUCACUUUCUGCUCGAAAUGCUCGAACGGCUUCCGAACAUCCAACUAGGAAGGCAAGUAAUCAUUAGCACAUUAGUUUGCGCAUUAGUUUCAUGUUCCCGCGCCCGGUGAGGAGGUUCUAAUUCAGGGCUAGUAAAGUAUAGCUGUAUUUGCGGGUAGCACGACGAAUCGUUCGAACGAUUAAACGAUUAACUAACAUAGACGUGUUUUGAAUGAAUGCACUGACUAACGCCCCCUGAAGAUGGAAAGACCGCUAGUAAGAUUACACGAAAAGUAUUUUUUGCGUUUCGUUCGUACUGAUUAUUUGAACCAGAAGAAAAAUGUAUCUACGUUCGACGAACGA